UUAUUGAAACAUUUUUGUUUUGUUUUUUUAGUUUUGUUGAUUGAAUUAUGUUAAUAGUUAGUGAUAUGACUGAACAAAAACAACAAAAACAGGAAUCGCGUAAUAAACUGACAACUGAACUGACAGAUGAAAUCAAAACUAUACUCAAAGAUCAAGACAUAGAAAUGUUAGAACCUAUAGAUAAUGGCAGUACAAGUAUUGUGUUUAAAGGCUUACUAACCAUAGAUGGAGGUCAGGUAGUAGAUGUUGCCAUCAAGUUUGUCAAUUUGGACAAACAGAGUGAUAAAGUCAGAAACAAAUACAUACCACAAGAGAUCAGUCUUGUCGAGCGUCUCAAACAUAAACAUAUCAUACGUACGUAUAAAGUGGUUAAACACAAGAACAAGUAUGUGUUUAUAGUAAGUGAAUUGGCUGACGGAGACCUAAUCAAAGUAUUGGAAAAGGGAGAACUGUUGGAUGAAAAGUUGGUCAGAGAGUGGUUUCGGCAGAUAGUAAAGGCCGUGGAGUACAUUCAUAGGAAGGGUGUGGCGCACAGGGAUUUGAAGGCCGAUAAUAUAUUGAUCGUCAAAAAUACGAUGAAAUUAUGUGAUUUUGGUUACGCCCGACAGUCCCGUAAUGAUGACGGAUCCGUCAAAAUGGUUAGGACACUUUGCGGUACUAUUGAAUACGCAUCACCGGAAUCGCUGUCCCGUUUGCAACCGUUUGACCCAAUGGUGUCCGACUGUUUCAGUUUAGGCGUAGUCUUAUAUACGAUGUUGACGUUGAACUUUCCCUUUGGUUCAGGCGAUUGUGUCCGCAGUAAAGAAGGUAGAAGUGAAUUGUUGGCCAACAUUAAGGCUCAACAGUGGUCACUGCCGGACAACUAUAAAGACAAUAACAAUAUCUGCAGUUUACUAAAACAGUUACUGAAUCCCGAUCCAAGUGGACGAAUCCGCAGCUGUCAGAUAUUAUCUCAUCCGUGGUUCAGUACAAUACCAUCGACUAAUCAUUUACAACAAACUAACGGUUCUCAAUAA